AUGAAAGAAGUAUCAUCUGAAAACUUAUUACAAUAUUCUACAAGACUUAAAGCACGGUCUAGAAAAUCAUACGACGAAAUGAUUGAUUAUAACAUUGAAGGAAAGCAUCCAACGGAAAAUAGUUCAGAAGAAAAUAAAUCUUUUAUAAACUCACAGAAGUUAUCUACUACUAGACGAAAAAGAAGAAAUACAGAUAAAGUAAAUCAUAUUGCUAGGAUUCAUAAAAUAAAUUAUAUGCAAAAAAAUGGCCAAAAAGAACUUACUUGUACGUUGACGGAUGGAUCAAUUCUUUAUCGCAAUGAUACUAUUUAUUUAGUUUCAGAGCCACCUGGGGAACCAUAUUAUCUUGCAAGAAUUAUGGAAUUUACUUCAAUGAAUAAUGAUCCUAAUGGUUCUAUUAAUGCGAUUCGUGUAAAUUGGUUUUAUAGACCCAGAGAUGUUCAGAAAAAAAUGAAUGAUUCUCGCCAGUUAUUUGCUUCCAUGCACUCUGAUAUAUGUCCUUUAUCGGCUUAUAGAGGGAAAUGUAAAAUAUUUCAUAAAGAUGAAAUAGAGGACCAUGAUGAAUAUCGAAAAACACCAAAUUCUUUUUAUUAUGAUAGACUUUUUGAUCGUUAUAUACAUCGUUAUUAUGAGGUUAUACCUACUCAUAAAGUAACAAACGUUCCAGAUAGAGUAAAAGAAGUUCUUAAGCAACAGUGGAAAUAUGUGAUUGUAGAAAGUGGGCGAGGGAAAGAAUUAGCAAUGCAGCACAGAGGUUGUAAACGUUGUGGAAACUGGUGUUUAAGUACAAAAUCCAUUAGAUGUGCUGUUUGUCAUGAUGACUAUCAUAUGUAUUGUGUUAAACCUCCAUUACUUAAAAAACCCUCAAAAGGAUUUGCAUGGACUUGUACUCCUUGUUCUAGAGCUGAACGUCGUCGCAUAGAAGCUAAUAAAAAUCCAAAAAUUUUCCCAGAAAGACUGUCAAAAAGUAUUAAUUCAAAAAAUAUAGAAAACGAUAAUAAUAAUGAAACCGAAGAUAAUCCUGAUUUAUCUGACGUGACAUCAUCAACAUCGUCCAAUACUUUAGAGUCCAUUGAUUGUAGUCAAAUGGAUGAAAAAAAGAUUUAUAAACAGCCAACUGAACAACAAAAGGCAAUUACUAAAUUAUGGCCAUAUAGAUAUUUAGGAAUACAUUGUAAUGUGGAAGAUGUAUUAGAUUAUGAUGACAGAAUUUAUCCUAGAGCUGCAUCUAGAAUUGGUAGUAAACAUCAGGCAGUUAUUCCAGAACAAAAUGGGACCUUAAUAGAUAAACUACGAACUCCAACAGAUACACGAAAAAGGAAAAAAGGCAAACACAUUUAUAAAUAUUCUAGUAUUUCAGAAGACGAAAUAUCAGAACAGAUCGAUUCACUAACUAAACCUGAUAAUAAUACAAAAACAAGUAAUUCUACUCAUUCUUUUGAAUCAUCUAAUUCAAAAUCAGUAUUUAAUAAAAACUGUUCAUUUUCUAUUAAGAAGAGUAGUAAAUAUGUUUUAAGAGGAAAUGAUGACACAAGUAUAAAGUUAUUUUCAAAACCAGAAAAUAUUCCAGAUAAUUUAAUAGAUACUUAUCUUGAUAAAGUAAGACAUAUAGCCGAAAAACUUUCUUUACCUCCUUUUUCUACAGAUUUUCAAGAUAUGGUAUUAACUACUCUUUAUAAAAAUCACUUUGAUAUAACUGCUGCUAUUUCAAGUUUAUCAUCUUUAACUAGAGGACACCUUAAUAUACCUGAAUUUAAUACUCUUGAAUUACAACAGUUUGAGAAUGCUGUUUCUCAGUAUGGCAGUGAAUUAUAUUUAGUUGCUAAUGAAAUUCCAACAAAGUCUUUGUCACAAGUAAUUAGAUUUUAUUAUUUCUGGAAAAAAACAGCAUCAGGAAGGAAUAUAUGGGGAAAUUAUUCGGGUCGUCGUAAGAAAGAAGAGAAGCUAUUCUCAUCAAAUCACAAUAGAUCAGUAUUAGACUCUUCUUUAUAUUUGACAGAAGAUAUAGCAGACAGCAGUGAUGAUAGUGCAUAUAGUUCUGAAAAAGCUAUAUUAAGACAAAAGAGCUUUAUUUGUAAAUUUUGUUCUAUAACUGAAAGUCGACUUUGGAAACGUGCUCCAGGUGGCUCUGUUAUUUCCGAUAAAAAUGUAGUUACUGCACUUUGUCAAAGAUGCGGGGAAUUAUGGAGGAAAUAUAGUGUACGCUGGGAGCCACCUGAGGAAAUUGCUAGGAAAUUAUCAGAACCUGGUGCACGUUGGAGAAAAAAAAAGUUUGAAGAAGAACUUUUAAAAGAACAAGUUGUUUUUGAAGAAAAAGAAAAAACAGAAGAAAAUAAUGACAAGAGUGGUUUAGGGAAAAGACGUCGUUUAAAAAAUGAAGUAAAAUAUUCAAAAAAAGAUAUGGAUGAUACAUUGAUUUCAAAAGAAAAUUUUACUACAUUAUGCCGUGUUUGCAAACUUUUUGAACCAAAAUCCAUGCUCUAUAGAUGUAGAACAUGUGAACUUAUAGUUCAUAAAACUUGUUAUGGAGUUUCAGUCGAUUCUAAUUCAUGGAAUUGUGAUAUGUGUAUUAAUGAUAAAGCUCCUGUAGUUUCUACUAAUUAUAAAUGUGUACUUUGUUCAGUUCAUAAUAAUUCAUCAUCUGAUUCAAAUUCUUUAUUUAGAGAAGCUCUUAAACAAACAUCAGGAAAUAACUGGGCGCAUGUUGUUUGCGCUGUUUGGAUCCCAGAACUUAAAUUUACUUAUCCAUCUACUUUUCAGCCUAUAGAGGGAAUUGGUGCUAUUUCAUUAGCUAGAUGGCAACAAGUAUGUUCUAUAUGUAAAAAAAAUCAAGGAGCAUGUGCAUUAUGUCAUAUCUGUCAUAUUCCAGUACAUGUGACAUGCGCAAUCAAUGCAGGAUAUAUUAUUGGAUUUGAUAUAGCUUUAGUAAAGGGUUCAAGGAAAGAUAAUGCUAUAACCAUAAAAUUUUGUGGAGAAUAUGGAGUUAUGACCGCUGCUAUAUGGUGUCCUAACCAUAACAUGAAAAAAACAGUAGUUCAUAACAUUAAUGAAUAUGAUUAUGAAUUGAAUAAAUAUGCGAUCAAAGUUUAUGUUGAGAACUAUAAAACAUCUAUGAUUCCUACAAAAAUCGGAAAUAAGCGAAGUGAUACAGAUGUUUAUUUUGGACAUACUACUCCCUUGACUAUUGCAAUUAAAUUAGAAGAACUAAAAAAUCUUAGAAUUAAAGAGCAAUAUUUAACUAUAAAAAAAUUAACAAAAUCAUGUCAUAUAUGCAAAACUGUUAUAUCUCCUAUAUGGUGGCCAAUGAAUAAUAUAGUAUCAGAAUCAACAGAUAUUUCACAUAACAUAACAUCUCUAUAUAUAUGUCAUUUAUGCUAUUUUACUCAAAAAAAAAAAAUUAAUGAUUUUAUAUCUAAUGACUAA